AUGACUGUAGACUGCCCUUGCGAAAAGUCCGUGUGCAGCUGGCUAGUGGCUUCCACCGGGGGUGGCAAGGAGGCAACGCAGGCUUCUGCCGCAGGAGUCCCUCAUAUGGCGCCGAACCCGGUAGAGGACACGCGUGCUCUAGGCGACAGCGGGGAUGGACGCCGAGACAAUGAGGCUAGAGUCAGCGAGACGUCUACACGCCGGCGUGCUUCCGAUGGGAACCCCACGAUGAGGUUCGAGAUCAGCUCCUACUCCCCAUACGGGAGUGGGCUCAUUGAACAAGUCCUUCCGGUUGAGGACACAGUCCCGUUGUCUGUUAUUUGCCCGACGGAUUCGUCAUCUGCGCCGUCGAGCCUGGACUGGCGCCGUACUCAGCAUGUGUGGGGUGCCACGUGUGCUUCCCUCCCAUCGUCCGCCUCACCCCUGGCUGCGGUGCUCUCUCCUGGACGGCGUGUAGUGCAACUGAACGGUCACAGAGCCGACACUCAAGGGGAAACAGUUGUGCGGAGACAAAGGGAUAAGCCGUCCAACACCGCCGUAUCUCGUGCGUGGCUAAAGUCGUCUGGUGAACUAUACAUCGAGCCUUUGCGAGACGCGGUGUCACAGGUCGGCCCUACACAGGCGCACGCGGCGCAGUCCCGAACAUCGAGGCUGGGCGUCGGAGCGAGCGCCCCGCGGGAGAGCGCCGAACUUGGGCUUGUGUCUGAGAGCACUGACGACGAACACAGCGGCGUGCAGGAGGCAGAGGACAGGGGCGGCAAGAAAAGUAGCGAGGAAACGCAGGCACCGUACGCACACGGGUCGGUUGCUGUCGUGAGUGCCACGACCACAGAAACAGCGCGUAACAUCCUAUUGAGGUGUCUAGGCCCUACGGGUACGACGGAAGGCCCCGCCGCAGAUGGAGGGAUGCCGGAAAGGCUGAAGCGUUCGUCUUUUAUUCCGGAUGCUUUGGCUCGUUCGCCCGCCCCCAACGACUCCGUCAAGCUGGUGUGCGACAAGUCGAGACCUGCAGACAAGGCUGUGUCUCGCCCAGACACGGGUUGCAAGCAUACAUACAUGCAAGAGGGCAAAACCGAGAGCGUGGGAGCGCGGACGGGAUCCAGUCCGGACGCGAAGCAGCCCUCUCAUUCUUGUGUUUCAGAGGCUGUUGAUCAGCAUGCGAUGUGGUGCAUUUUCAUGCAUGCUAGCGGCGCUCUGGUGCGCAAAACCAUUUCGCAGUUGGGACAACGAGCGUGCCUCUCCAAAGACACUGAAACAGGUGUGUGGCAGUGGGCGGCCGCUAGGGGAGUCGUAGGGACACGUGGCAAAGCCAACGAAGACCAUCACAUGAGGCUCCCGAUCUACGAGGUGAAGACCUUGCAUGCACAGCUCUGGAAGGCAUUCAACGCAAGUUCAGCGACGCAGUGA